ACGCCUUCUUGUUGGUUAAGCGCCGUGUCACGUAUGAACUACGACACACCCACGAAGAAACUUGGCGCGCGCAGAUGACGUAAGCACCGCUUGGUCUAACUACUGAAAACACUGGAGCUUUUACUGGGAUCAGAAACAGCUCAGACAUGAACUGGAACAAAGGUGGUCCAGGUGUGAAGCGAGGGUUUGGGUUCGGAGGAUUUUCCCUUGCAGGGAAAAAAGAGGAGCCUGAACUUAAUCAGAAAUCUCACACAUCAUUCGGAGCCACAGGAUCAAGUGGGGGAUAUGGGAAGAACCAGCAGCUCCCCUCAUUCUACAAAAUAGGGACCAAAAGAGCUAAUUUUGAUGAGGAAAAUGCAUAUUUUGAAGAUGAUGAGGAGGAGUCCAGCAGCAAUGUGGAUUUGCCAUACAUUCCAGCUGAGAACUCGCCCACACGGCAGCAGAUGCAGUCUGGUGGUGGCUCAGACAGUGAAGAUGACCCACUGGAUGCCUUCAUGGCAGAGGUUGAGAACCAAGCAGCUAAAGACAUGAGGAAACUAGAGGAAAAGGAAAAGGAGAAAAAGUCAGCCAAGGGUAUUCGUGAUGACAUUGAAGAAGAAGAUGAACAAGAAGCCUACUUCCGCUACAUGGCAGAGAAUCCCACAGCUGGGCUGACCCAAGAGGAAGAGGAAGAAAACAUUGACUAUGACAGUGACGGGAACCCAAUUGCCUCUGCCACCAAGAAAAUCAUCUUGCCGCUUCCUCCCAUUGACCACUCUGAGAUUGAUUACCCACCAUUUGAGAAAAACUUCUACAAUGAGCAUGAAGAGCUCAGCAACCUGACUGGAACUCAAGUGUUGGAGUUAAGGCACAAACUGAACUUAAGGGUAUCUGGUGCUGCCCCUCCAAAACCUUGUACUAGCUUUGCCCAUUUUGGCUUUGAUGAGCAGCUAAUGCACCAAAUCCGCAAGUCUGAGUACACUCAGCCCACACCGAUUCAAUGUCAGGGUGUGCCCAUAGCUCUUUCUGGACGUGACAUGAUUGGUAUUGCAAAAACUGGCAGUGGCAAAACUGCAGCUUUUAUCUGGCCCAUGCUGGUUCACAUCAUGGACCAAAAGGAACUGGAGGCAGGUGAAGGGCCCAUUGCAGUCAUUGUGUGUCCCACCAGAGAGCUUUGUCAGCAGAUCCAUGCAGAAUGUAAGCGUUUUGGGAAAGCCUACUCAUUGCGUUCUGUGGCGGUUUAUGGAGGAGGCAGCAUGUGGGAGCAGGCCAAAGCUCUGCAGGAGGGAGCAGAGAUUGUGGUGUGCACUCCGGGUCGUCUGAUUGACCACGUUAAAAAGAAGGCCACGUCCCUGCAGAGAGUGACAUACCUGGUGUUUGAUGAGGCAGAUCGCAUGUUUGAUAUGGGCUUUGAAUAUCAGGUUAGAUCUGUUGCUAGCCAUGUCCGCCCAGACAGACAGACCCUUCUGUUUAGCGCAACUUUCCGAAAGAAGAUAGAGAGGCUUGCCAGAGACAUCUUGGUAGAUCCUAUUCGUGUGGUGCAGGGAGACAUCGGAGAGGCCAAUGAGGAUGUGACCCAGGUGGUGGAGCUGCUGCCCAGCGGGACGGAUAAAUGGGGCUGGCUGACCCGGCGGCUGGUGGAGUUCACCUCCUCCGGCUCAGUCCUCAUCUUUGUCACCAAGAAGGCAAACUGUGAGGAACUGGCUACUAACCUGACCCAGGAGGGCUACAGCCUGGGCCUCCUGCAUGGAGACAUGGACCAGAGUGAGAGGAACAAGGUCAUCAGCGACUUCAAGAAAAAGAAUUUGCCUGUUCUGGUGGCCACAGAUGUUGCUGCUCGUGGUCUGGACAUCCCAUCCAUUCGCACAGUGGUGAACUACGACGUGGCACGAGACAUCGACACACACACACACAGGAUUGGUCGAACUGGUCGCGCUGGAGAGAAGGGUGUGGCUUACACUCUCCUUGCCAACAAAGACACCACAUUUGCUGGUGACCUCGUGAGAAAUCUAGAGGGAGCUAAUCAAGCCGUUUCCAAAGAACUGAUGGAUUUAGCCAUGCAGAAUCCCUGGUUCAGGAAAUCACGAUUUAAGGGUGGUAAAGGAAAGAGGCUGAAUAUUGGCGGAGGUGGUCUUGGUUACAGAGAGAGACCAGGCCUGGGGGCUGACAGUUCUGAACGCAGCAGCAGCAGCAGGAGCUUGUUGUCUAACACUAGUAGCUACGAAGACUACAGCAAACCAGCCGCUGGGGCAAUGGGAGAUCGCAUGUCUGCAAUGAAGCAAGCCUUCCAGGCUCAGUAUAAGAGCCACUUUGUGGCUGCGUCCAGCGGCCCUCCAAAGCUCAGCACCAAGUCUAGCAGCUCAUCAGGCUGGACCAGUGCCGGCAGCCUGAGCUCCGUGCCGACAGAGGCCCCCAACGGUUCAGAAUGGUCCCAGGGCGCCACCUUGUCCAUGUCCAGCUUCACCAGCGCUGGCUCCCUGAGCUCAGUGCCCAGCAGUCAAACCAGUUCACAGCACAGCUACCCUCCGCCUGCUCCUCCCUCACAGAGAGACAGCUCACGGGACAGACAUGGGGAGGACCGGGGCCGCCAUGGAGACAGAGAUCGUGACCGCCACAGCGACAGGAGCGAUCGACACAGUGGAGAGGAUCGCUACGGAGACCGGGAUCGCCAUGGAGACAGAGAUCGUGACCGCUACGGGGACCGAGACCGCCACAGCAGCAGCCGUCACAACGAUAGUCGUAACGGAGAUGGAAGCAGGAGGGACAGAGAUGAUCGGAAGAGUGAGAGGGAUGGGGGAGACAGGGGGAGUGGGGAGGGGAGGGACAGGGGAGGGGAUGAAAGCUUUGCUGUCCCUGAACCACCAAAACGUAGAAAGAGCAGGUGGGACAACUAAAGAAAAACACACACAUCAAUAGAAUAAUAUGUGCAACCAACUGCUCCAUGAUGAGCUUGUCUCUUGUGUAGGCAGAUAGCAGAGCAUAUCAGAGGCUGACACAAGCACAGGGGGAUUUUGUGGACUUUGAAUAAAAGUGUGCUGACGCUCCUGUCAGGUUGGUUAGGAACUCAAGAUUUGGUCAGAGCUCAACAGAGUGUCAGACAGAUCACACAAGCAGCUCAGAGACAGCCACUGUACAUACACCAUCAAGACUGUUGUUAUUGUAAGUUAAUAGGAUCAAGGAAUAGAGCUUUAAUGAAUCCUACUGUCACUAAACAAUUUAAAGUUAGGAUGUGUUGGUUGUUGUCUUGUUUUCUGUCACUGAGCUCCAAACAUGCUUUUGUGCUUGCAAACCUGAUGCUUUAUUUUGGAUCUUUGCCAAGUGUGUUUGUGUGUUUGAGUGAGUCACACACGUACAUGUCAAAAACUAUGUAUGGCUCUUUUUGUGUCUUGUAUUCAAGUUUUAGUGAAGUGCCUUUCCUUGGCAUUUAGUCUGUCUGUGCUUUUGAAAUGUUUUUCAAGAAGAUGCAUUUGUUUGUAUGAGAUGAAUUUCAAGUGUUCAUUAACACAUGAAAAAUGUGAAGUUUUGAUUAAAAAGACUCCUUUGGCAUCUA